AUGGUAGACUACAUGGAAUGGUUGAUCAAAUCCCAUCCCACAAUUGUUGUUGAGGAACAGAAUCUACUGGCCAGUGCAUACAAACACGUACUUGAUCCUCUGAGAAGUUCAUUUAAAUUAUUGAAAGUGGAAUUGCAGAAGGCAGAAGAGCAGAAGUCACCAUACAGCGAAUUAAACAAGAUGUUCCUCCAACAAGUGGGAGACGAAAUACGCACUAUUGCCACGCGUGCACUUCGAAAUGUGGACAUGGAUAUGUCAAAGGAACAUAAAUGUGAGGAGAGUUGGAUAAUUUCGUUAAAAUUAACAGGUGACUAUUUUCGAUAUUUGUCGGAAAUUGGAAAGGAUGACGACCGAGUUCGAGAUUAUGAGCAUAGUCAGGUAGCCUACAAACAGGCUCAGUCGCUUGCUUCUAAACACUUACCACAAUCACACCCGUUACAACUGGGAAUCAUGCUUAAUUCUGCCACGCUUUAUCAUACGAUACUGGAUAAAAAGGAAGUCGCGCUUGAUAUGAUAUCAACCGCUUUGGAGUUCGCAAAAACAGAUCUGGACCAGGUCUCUAGAGUUAACGCCAAACAAACAACCCGGCUUGUAAAAGUACUGACGGCGUACAAGAUAAGACUAGAAGAUGAGAUGAGGGGAGAAG